CCAAACGUUGCCGGAUUGCAGUGGCUUCUCUUCUCUGCCCAUACCCAGAAGAAAGCGGGGACGUGACGGAGCUGGGGAAUUGUUGGACUCUUGAAUCACUAAAAACAACUUACAGAAAUCUCAUUGUUGUUCGAUAUUACCCGUGGCAUAUAUUUUUUAAGAUAUUUCCACAUUUGAACUAAUACGCAAUUAUGUCCUGGCAAGGCUACGUGGAUAACCUGAUGGCCGAUGGCAGCUGCCAGGACUCCGCCAUUGUUGGGUAUACAGACGCAAAAUAUGUCUGGGCAUCGUUUCCCGGUGGUACAUUUGCUAACAUAACGGUUGACGAAAUCGACGUCGUUGUAGGAAAAGACCGAGAAGGCUUCUUCUGCGGCGGGCUGACCCUAGGCCAAAAGAAGUGCUCUGUCAUCAGAGACAGCCUCCACUCCGAGGGGGACUGGACAAUGGACAUCAGGACAAAGAGUCAAGGAGGGGAGCCCACAUACAACGUUUCCAUAGGCAAAGCCGGCAAAGCGUUGGUUUUAGUCAUGGGGAAGGAAGGUGUCCACGGCGGGCAGCUCAACAAGAAAGCGUAUACAAUGGCUGAGUACCUGAGGAAGUCUGGAUACUAAGGCCGUCUCUGCCCAGCCACCUAGCAGCUCAACCUCGCCACCCUUUUGCGUUUCACCGUACUUCCAGUUCUAGUUGGUAGUUGCUUCCCCCUCCCCCCCGCCCUUACCCACCUGCCCCCUCCUGUUUUUGUCCCCCCCCCCCCCCCCCCCCAACUACUUUGUUUUAUCCCCUUUUCUCUUUCUCUCCAUGUACCCAGUCAUUAUAAAUACACUAUGUUCUCUGUUCCAUUAUAGCACUACUGUCACACCGUAGUUAAAGAUGAGCAUGUUGUUAACAGGACAUUGUGACAAAUCUGUACUUGUAUAAAAGACCUGCACCAUUCUGGCCUGCGCUCAGUGAAAACUCCAGUAAUAAAGUGAAGGAAACCUAAAUUAAUCAACUGAGAUUGACUGACGGCACCCUGGCAGCAGUCCUGACCUGUGGGCAGCCCAGACGCCUUGUGGAACACCUGAGCUGUAACCAAGCUCACAUUGUCUUCCUUAUCUAGAGCAUGUCUGGGAGGGGGGAGCUGCAUGCAUAUCUCUGAGCCUACUGAAACUGUUGUUCCCUGUGCCCCCCCCACCCACCCAUGCGGCGUGCCCUGUAACUCCUGCCAAAAGUCCCCGCCUCCCACCGUUUUAUAGGUGACACUGUCAGUAUAUAGGGGUGCGCCUCUUAACCACCACCCACUACACCUUGCCUUCCUACAUGGCCCCCUCCAGACUCUGUUACUCUGGGUUUAAUUGGGGUGGGGUGGGGGGGAGGGGGGGGGGGGUUGUGCUUGGAUGCAGUUGUGACAGGCAGUUUGUUUUUGGUAUCAUGGCUAAAUCAGUGUUGAUGCAGAUAAGCUCCUCCCACACCCGACCACCAGUUCCCUGUCAUGGACAUUCCAUCGUUACUAUGGCUCAGGCACUUAAUCUGCUGGUUGCCGGCUCCUGUAAUAUAUUUCCUGUUUCUUUUUUUUCUUCUUUUUUUUUUAAAGGCUGCCAUUUUGGACAGUAUAUGUCCCAGCAUAAUACCCAUCAGGAGUGUCCCUUUAAUUUUUCUUCCCUUUUUUCAUAGGACCAAUUUUUAGUCACAGCUUGGGUAUGUAUACAAUUGCUUUAAAUCAUUGAAGGACGUCUGCUAGCCUAGUUUAUCUACUGAAGGCAAAACAACACUAACAACGUGAUCACAUGACACUAAAUGAAGCUGUUGGGUUGUAAGCGGCAGUUUCAUUCGUCUUUUUCUUUCUUCCUAUGAAUUACUGCAUUUGAAACUGUGGAAUGAAUUGCCUUGUUAUUUAGUCAUCAACAAAGACCUGGUAUCAAAACUGUCUGUUCAAGCUCAGUACUAAAUGUAAUGUCCAAUUGAAAAGAACUUUUAAAAAAAAACCAAGUAAAAUUGACACUCAAUUAACAGGAGAUGGGAUUGGUUGGAAUAAGAACACUAGUUGCCCUGUGGAAACCUGUACAUCCUGUGCCAUAAUGUAGAGAGGAAAUCGGUUGCUAUUGUGUGGUGGAUUUUGACCGCUGCUUAGUAGGGAGUCAUUUCAUUGUCACUUUUUUUAGCGAAUUAGCCUCUGCUCCAAUGUUCAGGCCUUGUGGGAUGUGUGUACUGAUUAAAAUCUUACUUGCUGAAUUUUUUUUUUUUUUCAUUUUUCCCCACACCCUUUUCUUAUAUCUGGGAUACAGUAUCUUAACACAUCAGAUUUCAUAUGCAUAAACCAAGAAAUGCCAUACAUUGAUUUAUCACCUUGUUUACAGACAGAUCAAAUAAAUUUAUUCCAACCUGA